AUGAUUAAUAGAGGUCCGGAUGAGUGGCUAGAGACUAUUAAAAAAUGUCAAGCAUUGGCUGAAAAUGAAAUGAAGCAAUUGUGUGAAAUGGUGAAGGAGCUUCUUAUGGAAGAAAGUAAUAUACAACCGGUGCAAACACCAGUUACUGUCUGUGGUGAUAUUCAUGGUCAAUUUCAUGAUCUUUUGGAAUUAUUUAGAACAGCUGGUGGAUUUCCUGACGAUAUAAAUUAUAUAUUUUUAGGUGAUUAUGUUGAUCGUGGUUAUUACAGUUUAGAGACUUUUACUCUAUUGAUGUGUUUGAAAGUGAAAUAUCCUUCGAAGAUAACGUUAGUUCGUGGUAAUCAUGAAUCCAGACAAAUUACUCAAGUCUAUGGGUUUUAUGAAGAAUGUUUAAAUAAAUAUGGGUCUACGACAGUAUGGAAAUAUUGUUGUCAAGUGUUUGAUUUCUUAACUUUGGCAGCAAUUGUUGAUGGUCGUAUCUUAUGUGUUCAUGGUGGGUUAUCUCCAGAGAUUAGAAUGCUAGACCAAAUUCGUGUGUUGUCUCGUGCACAGGAGGUUCCUCAUGAAGGUGGUUUCUCUGAUUUACUUUGGAGUGAUCCUGAUAAUGUUGAAGCUUGGCAAGUUUCCCCUCGUGGUGCUGGUUGGUUAUUCGGGAGUAAAGUCGCUAGAGAGUUCAACCAUGUCAAUGGUUUAAACCUGAUAGCAAGAGCACAUCAAUUGGUCAUGGAAGGUUUCAAAUACCAUUUCCCAGAAAAAGAUGUAGUCACUGUAUGGUCGGCCCCUAAUUACUGUUAUAGAUGUGGUAAUGUGGCCAGUGUGAUGAAAGUCGAAGAUGAUUUGGAACCUGUAUUCAAAAUUUUCUCAGCUGUACCGGAAGAUUAUAUACAAGAAACAUCCAUCGCCAAUAAUAAUCAAAGAGGUGGUUAUUUCUUGUAG